CCCAAAACUUGAUUCGGGAAACUGCAUAGCCAAAGAAAAUGUCAAGUUUGAUAGCUUUUGAUCUUUGAUGUAGUCUCUUGAAUAGACAAUGAUAUUGUAUUAUGUUUUAUAGGUAGAUCUGACAGCCCGAUAUUGUAUUAUGUUUUAUAAGUGAUACUGACAAUCUCGUGAGGGCCACUUUGUGACGGAAUUCAGAAGCAAGAUGUCCAGCUUCCCAGAUCCUUGGUUAAUGAUCUGUAUUGUUGUCUUCCAAAGAGUGAACGAUGUUUUUGGGCAAUUUAUUCAGCCUUCAAAACCAGCAUUGAUUGUCCAACCGUCAAGUUUCCAAAGCGCUGGGCAAUUGAAACCAAGCCAGAUGAACAUGUUGGCUCAACGCGAGUACUACAAUGGUCUAAUGAGCCGAAUGUUAGAGAUCAACAAUAGUAAGUCCACUAAAAACAAUCUAAACAAUGUUGAUGAAAUUAAGGAGUGGAGAUUCACCGACCCGCACAAUUUGAUGGAUACCUGGGCGCCACCUAGCGGUAGAUGGGAGUAUUUUGGAGACUGGAGAGAAUCAGACCGGAAGAAUGACGCACCUUUGCCAAGAGCAAUUCACCGAAACAACAUCAUAAAGUACUUUUUUAGAAGAGGGAUAUUAUUUAGACCAAAUUUGGACGGAAGCAAUGGGCACCGACCGGCUCACAAUAUCCCAGUUUUUCAUUCGGGACCAAUGAAACUUUUUUGAUGAUUCCUUCACGUUCCAUAACUAUUUUAUCUUUGGAUGAUCUUCUGUAUGUACAUUCGCAGUCAAUGUCUUAAUUUUUUACAACAGUGAGGAGAGGAAUAUAACGAGUUUUCUUUCGAAGAGAGCCAAUCCUAUCGACAAGUUUUUAUUUAUACAUUGAAUAUAUAUACUUAUAUAAUUUAUUAUGUUUUUGUUUUAUGUUGCAUAUUAAAGAAUUGUUCAAAUUGA